GACAGCUUGCGGCUGGAUUGAUAGAGUGACGUCAGCGCGCCGCUGCCUCUCCCCGAGGGCAGGAUUAGUCGGGAGAAGCAGAGACAGCGCUCCGAUAAUCUCCCGGCAAUAAAUGGGGGGUGACGGGCACGUUCGAAACUGCCGGUACCGAGUGAAACCGGAGGCCCCCAGAGACUCCUGAGAUUUGGCUCCUGCAUUUGAAGCAAGAUGGGUCGCUUCGUGACGCCGCAGCAAACCAACGCGUCCCGGCCAGGUAAACGCAGCAGCAGCCUCACCUGUAAAGCCACAUCGGAGGACAGCGGAAAUUCUCAGCGGACACUUUGCUGACUGACAGUACCCGGGACGGACAGACAGAUACCUUAGUGGACUUUUAACAUGGAGAAGAGCCGGGCAGAGUAACUAACAGCAGCCUAUAGUAUCCACAAGCAGACUGUCAGAGAGGAGAACGAUCUUCACAAUGACCCGUUAAAUUCCGGCCGCCGAUGCAUUCUUUGGAGAGCGCAUUGAACAUCUCCUAACAGCAGAGGAGACGAGCAGAGAGGCCUUUAUUCGCUUAUUUCAGUCUUCAGAUGGACCGAGUGCCCUCGGCACUGGCCGCUAAGAUGCACUGGAUCACGCUGGUGCUUGCCGGCUUGACUUUCUGGGGCAAAGUGACUAUUUGUAACUGUUUCGACUACGAGGAGCCAGACUAUGAUAAUUAUGAAGAGGAGAGAGCGGAGACCAUUGACUACAAAGACCCGUGCAAAGCUGCUGCAUUCUGGGGCGACAUCGCUUUAGAUGAGGAGGACCUGCGAAUGUUCCAAAUUGACCGGACGAUAGACCUCACACAGCACACACACAUGCACACACACUCCCGGCAGGGACACACAUCUGGUGGCCUAGAGGAACAUGACAUUUCUAAGAAGAGAGGAUCUUUGUAUCUACUGCUGGAGAGAAUACGCAGGUUUGGCUUCGACUAUCUCCCCAAGAACUCCAGCAAGGGAGCUGCCAAUCCCAAGUGCCAAACUGGGAUAGGUGGGAAGACUGGGAACGUCGCGAAGAGCCGUAUUCCUCGAGCAGCUACAUCCCGAGCUGAGAGGAUAUGGCCUGGAGGAGUCAUUCCCUACGUCAUAGGAGGAAACUUCACUGGUAGUCAGAGGGCCAUGUUUAAGCAGGCCAUGCGUCACUGGGAGAAACAGACGUGCGUAACUUUCAUUGAGAAGACAGAUGAGGAAAGCUACAUUGUGUUCACCUACAGACCCUGCGGGUGUUGUUCCUAUGUGGGUCGUCGUGGCAACGGGCCCCAGGCUAUCUCCAUAGGCAAGAACUGUGACAAGUUUGGCAUCGUGGUGCACGAACUGGGCCACGUCAUUGGCUUCUGGCACGAGCACACGCGGCCUGACCGCGACGAUCACGUGACCAUCAUCCGCGAUAACAUCCAACCAGGCCAGGAGUAUAACUUCCUCAAGAUGGAGCCAGGGGAGGUCAACUCUCUCGGGGAGCCAUAUGAUUUUGAUAGCAUCAUGCACUACGCCAGGAACACCUUCUCACGAGGGAUGUUCCUCGACACCAUCCUUCCAUCCAGAGAUGAGAAUGGGGUCCGGCCUGCUAUCGGCCAGCGGACCAGGCUCAGUAAAGGAGACAUUGCACAGGCAAGGAAGCUGUAUAGAUGUCCAGCAUGUGGAGAGACACUCCAAGAGUCAACGGGCAACUUUUCGUCUCCUGGUUACCCCAACGGAUACCCUUCGUAUACACACUGUAUCUGGAGAAUAUCUGUUACACCUGGAGAAAAGAUUGUUCUUAACUUCACCACCAUGGAUCUGUAUAAAAGCAGUCUGUGUUGGUACGACUACAUUGAGGUUCGGGAUGGAUACUGGAGGAAAGCUCCACUGCUCGGCAGGUUUUGUGGAGAUAAAGUUCCUGACGUCUUGAUCUCCACUGACAGCAGGAUGUGGAUUGAGUUCCGCAGCAGCAGCAACUGGGUGGGAAAAGGCUUCGCUGCCAUUUAUGAAGCGAUCUGUGGAGGGGAAAUCACCAAGGACUCAGGACAGAUUCAGUCUCCCAACUAUCCUGAUGACUACAGACCCUCAAAAGAGUGUGUGUGGAGGAUCACUGUGUCAGAGGGAUACAACGUCGGGCUCAGCUUCCAGGCCUUUGAGAUUGAGAGGCACGACAGCUGUGCUUACGACUACCUGGAGGUCCGAGACGGCCCUCUGGAGACAAGCCCUCUGAUUGGUCGAUUCUGUGGCUACGACAAACCUGAGGAUGUGCGCUCCACCUCACACACACUGUGGAUGAAGUUUGUCUCAGACGGCACGGUUAACAAGGCAGGCUUUGCUGCUAACUUUUUCAAAGAGGAGGAUGAGUGUGCCAAGCCAGACAAUGGUGGUUGUGAACAGAGGUGUGUAAACACUCUCGGCAGCUUCAAGUGUGCCUGUGACCCGGGCUACGAACUGGCUCCUGACAAGAAGAGCUGUGAAGCGGCAUGUGGCGGUCUUCUCUCUAAGUUAAACGGGACCAUCAGCACUCCUGGUUGGCCUAAAGAGUAUCCGCCCAACAAGAACUGUGUGUGGCAGGUGGUCGCUCCCAAUCAGUACCGUAUCUCCAUGCAGUUUGAGGCCUUCGAGCUGGAGGGUAAUGAGGUGUGUAAAUACGAUUACGUGGAGGUGCGCAGCGGCCUUUCGUCCGACUCAAAGCUGCAUGGUAAAUACUGUGGCACCGAGGUCCCUGAGGUCAUCACCUCUCAAUAUAACAACAUGAGAAUUGAGUUUAAGUCGGACAACACCGUCUCCAAGAAAGGCUUCAAGGCUCACUUCUUCUCAGACAGCCUGGCUCUGUGUCAGGAGCGUUUGAUUGUGUUUGAGUCAUGCCAGGACAUAAAGCGCGGCCGCUCUCCUACUCGUGGCCAUUUCAACAACAAGCUGGCAACCUCAUCAAAGGUCAGAGACAAAGAUGAGUGCAGCAAGGACAACGGCGGCUGCCAGCACGAGUGCAUCAACACAGUGGGCUCUUACGUUUGUCAGUGUCGCCAUGGCUUUGUACUGCAUGAGAACAAACAUGACUGUAAGGAAGGUGGGUUUCACGUACAUUCACAUCAGCACACUCACCGGCAUGAAAGUGGCGGAGUGCACAUGCACGUGCUGCCACAUUCACACAAGCAUGUGCUCAUUCACAAGAACAGUCAUCGUACAUCAUACAGCCCUUACUUUGUUUAUCUGCAUCAGAGUCCACAUGACAACAGAGUGGUUCUUUCCAUUUGAUGAUAGUGUUAUCUUCACAUACGGUACAUAAAACUAGGAGCCUUAAAGCAGAGCUGUAGACUUGAGGAAUAGGAUGUCAUAUUAAGUCUCAAGCUUUCACCUGGUAAAAUCGUGGAACAAAAACAAUGCUUAUGAUGACUUGUGAGUUGAUCUGAAAAACUUGAGACUUGACUUUGACUUGCCUUAAAGGACUUCAGAACUAAAAACAUACUUCAUGGAAUUGACUUGGACUUGACAUUCACUUUGAAAGACUGGGACUUGACUCAAAUGACUCAAGGCCCCAAAAUACUU